ACCAAUGUGGAAAACAAAAAAUAACUUGAAGAAGAAGGAUGAAUGCUUGGCUAAGUAACGGCAUCCUUGACGAUGAUGUUACAAUUACAAACAAACAACAGUGAACCCAGUUACUAAUCCAUCGUUAUCAUUAAGUUGAUUCAUAAAUUGCUUAAUUUCUCCAUCUUACUUUGAUUCCUGUUUUUGAUUUGAUUACCGAAUUUAUCUCCAGUGGGACGAUCUAUCCUUCAUCUUAGAAGGGGCAUGCUGAUGGCAACUAAGCCGGAAAACAAUUCGAUUCCCAAUCCUACAUUUUCCUCUCAAUCUUCUGGCCAUGUUCAUCCAUCUGUCGAUUCUGAAGUCGAUCCAAACUCUUACUUGCUCGAGAAAUUCAAACUUUAUGAAACUCGAGCGAGGUUUUAUCUGAUGGGGAGUGAUCGUAACAAGAGAUUCUUCCGAGUAUUGAAGAUUGAUCGAUGUGAGCCAUCAGAAUUGAACAUCAGUGAAGACCCUGUGGUGUAUUCACCACAGGAGGUGAAGAACUUAUUGCAGCGGAUUGCAGAGGGGAAUCGGGCUACUGGAGGCUUGACUUUUGUCGCCAAGGUCUAUGGUGUUGCCGGAUGUAUUAAGUUUAUGGAGUCUUAUUAUUUGAUUAUUGUCACUAAGCGCCGGCAAAUUGGGUGUAUAUGUGGGCAUGCUGUUUAUGCUAUUGAUGAAAGCCAGAUGAUAACAAUCCCUCAUGCAUCUGUUCAGACUGAUGUUGCAUAUUCUAAGACCGAGUUGAGGUACAAGAAGCUUUUGUCUAGUGUUGACUUGACGAAGGAUUUCUUUUACAGCUAUACAUAUCCAAUAAUGCAAAGCUUGCAAAAAAAUGUGCAGUACAAGGAUUCAGUUGGAAUUCAUUAUGACAGCAGAUUUGUAUGGAAUUCUUACCUUACUGAAGCUGUUCGUACAAGAUGCAAAAAUAAUAUUUGGACUGUUGCAUUGGUUCAUGGGCACUUUAAGCAAAUGAGGUUGUCAAUUUUUGGACGUGAUUUCAGUAUUGCUUUGGUAGCUAGGCGGUCUCGUCAUUUUGCAGGGACUAGGUACUUAAAAAGGGGAGUAAAUGAUAGAGGAAGGGUAGCAAAUGAUGUUGAAACGGAACAAAUUGUGCUUGAUGAAGAUGCUGGCUCUUGCAAGGGAAAAAUGAGUUCUGUUGUACAGAUGCGGGGCUCAAUUCCUCUUUUCUGGUCGCAAGAGGCUUCAAGAUUCAGUCCAAAGCCAGAUAUAAUUUUGCAGAGAUAUGAUCCUACUUAUGAGGCGACCAAAUUGCAUUUUGAAGACCUUGUUGAGAGAUAUGGCAAUCCAAUAAUCGUCCUUAACCUAAUAAAGACUGUUGAAAAAAGGCCCAGAGAAAUGAUGCUUCGACGUGAGUUUGUGAAUGCAGUUACGUAUCUAAACGAGAUUUUUUCUGAAGAAAAGUAUCUUACUUUUGUUCACUGGGACUUCCAUAAAUUUGCAAAGACGAAGACUGCCAAUGUUUUGGGAGUUCUAGCAAGUGUAGCAAGUCAAGCACUUGACAGGACUGGAUUUUACUUCAGUGGAAAAGCACCUACUGUGAAAAAGGGAGCUACUCAGUUACACAGAACUAGCACUCAAAGGGAUACUUCUUUGAAUGAUCUUAGAGCCAAUUCAGGAGCUCUUGCAAGAAGUGCAAGUACCAAUGAGUUGCUUAAUUCUUCGUUAAAUAGAGAGCGAGAUUCUGAUGCUGGCAAGCUUCUCAUGAAAUCUUCUUAUAACGGUAUUAAACCACGUUUUCAGAGUGGAGCUAUGCGGACCAACUGCAUUGAUUGUUUAGACCGCACAAAUGUAGCCCAAUUUGCUUUUGGCCUAGAAGCAUUGGGUCGCCAGCUUCAGGCGAUGCAAAUGUCAGUUGAGUCUAAAGUGGAUCCAGAUAGUAGCAUUGCUACAGCGCUCAUGGAUAUAUAUUGGAGUAUGGGUGAUGCUCUUGCACAGCAAUAUGGUGGUUCUGCCGCUCACAAUACAGUAUUUCCAGAUAAGCAGGGGAAAUGGAAAGCUACAACUCAAUCUCGGGAGUUUCUCAAGUCUAUCAAGAGAUAUUAUAGCAAUGCUUAUACUGACGGGGAAAAGCAGGAUGCAAUAAAUCUAUUCUUGGGUUACUUCAGACCAAAAGAAGGAAAACCUGCUCUGUGGGAGCUGGAUUCGGAUUAUUAUCUUCAUGUUAUUGCAGUUGGAGAUGAUGCUAUCUCAGAUAAGCGCAGUCCUCCAACUGAUGUCAAUCCCUCAGGAGUGAAAGCUUUGCUGGAACCUGUGCCUGCUUGUAAAGAAGACUUCUCAAGGAUCAAAUUAACUUCUUUUGAUAAACUCAUUGAGAGGACAUGCAGCAUGAUAAAAGAUGUGAGGCUCUGCUGUGAACCAGGUGAAAAGCCUGCAGGCAGUUCAGGAACUUCUGGAGUGGCACCUGAUGCAAUCGAGAUACAACUUAAGAGCCCAAACUGGAUUUUUGGCCAGAGGAAAGAAGAACAAAAUGGCUCUACCCCAAAGGUGGCUUCAAGCACAAACACAAAUGAUGCAUUGCAAGAUGACAGCAUGCCUAAUGGUUUUUGUGACUUCAAUUGGCUUUCGGAAGUUGAUGAUUGCAAUGAAGAGGAUAUAUUCCAAAGGUAUCUUGCUCUGUCAUCUGUGGAUGAAGCCAAUGGUUGGUGUGGUGGAACUUUGCUUGGUGAUCUUGAUGAAGAUAGUGAUAUAUACAAACAUUACGCUCAGUUUUGUGAGGGUCCUGCAGUAGAACCCUUUGAAAAUGAUGUGGAGAGAGAGCAGCAUUAUGCUGAUGUCCUACAUGGAAGCAUGAUAGAGAAUAUUGAUGGUGCUGCCAUCGAAGCUGAAAUGGAGGCUGCCUUAAAGGAGUAUGAUGAUGUUGCGGCUGAUCUUGGCAUCUCCGCGAUGUGUAGAUCUGUAGCUGGAGACCCUAGCCAAUUAACAAGAUGGAUUAUCGGAGAAGAUAAAUUGUACAGAAUAUGAAGAUGGAAGAGCCAUCAAUUUUUGAAGAUGUCAAGGUUUCGUUCCAUUUUUUUUCCUCUUGUAAAUAUCAAUAUUUUUGUUCCUCCAUAAGCACCUAAGAAAAGUACUGGGGAUUUGUUCUUUUUUCAAGUAAACUAUGCUUGUAUGUGGUGAUUGAGUUGGAAAUUAGUAAUUGUCAAAUAAUAGAGGGUAUGUAUUGUUCUA